CUGCACUCAAGUCACGUGUAUUUGUUGUGUUUGACAGCAAGUGAUGCAAAGUUUGCAAACAGUCUUCACUCACUAUCACAUCAUCACAUCCAAGGGUCCAACUGUCAUAUGACCACAAUUUAGACAUGUCUUUGGCCACGAAAGAACUCGUACUCAGGUCUCACUUCGAGCUGAAGACUAAGAUCCUCAAAUGGUUCCCAAGACAUAUGAACAGAGGGAUGCGUGAAAUGAUGCAAACUCUUCGCAAAGUGGACUGUUUGGUGGAAGUGCACGACUCACGGAUACCA